AUGGCAUCGGUGGUCGCCGCGGCGACGUUGACCACGCUCGCGUCUUUGUUCUACGCGAGUAAUAGUAGUAAUAGUAGUACUAACAACAACAAUUCGCGUAAUAACUCGUUCGCGGUGCAAAACGCACCGAGCGGGGUGCCGCCCAAUGAUACUAAAGAGAACGAUGCAGAUGAUGACGAUUGGCAACUCUCGGAACAACCGAGAACGUACGGAGAAACUGCCUCGCGAUUGGCGAAAAUCGUUCGCAUCGGGUGGACGGACGCUUUAUCCAUCUUGAAGAUUUGGAGGGUCGACCACUUACUCGCCAUUCGACAGUUGGCGAACCGAGACUGCCAAGACGAAAUCGCCGACGCGGUGAUCAACAUUGGAAAAGGGAAACGAAUCACGACGGGAGCGUUUCGAGAAAACAUCACGGAACACGAAAGUCUCGUCGCAAACGGGGAACGGUGGGACGAACGGUUGUUAAGGAUACGGUUGGCGUUGAAGUAUAACAAACUUUUAAGGCGCGCGAGAGAUUUCGAAACCAUUCGAGGGAGAGUGGACGACUCGUACCAGAAGAUUUUGCUCCAUCAGAUUAAACCGUCGACGUUUAAACCGGCGUUUGUUUUGUUUAAGGAUGAAAACGUUAAAUCGUUGUUGCUGGUGAUUCGUGGGACGCAUUCGAUACGGGAUUCGUUGACGGCGUUGACGGCGCAUUCGAGUCCGCACCACGCGUUGAGACCGGACGGAUCCGGCGACGUCGUCGUCGGGUACGCGCACGCCGGUUUUUUAGCCAACGCGAGGUGGUUGAUGAAAAACGCGACGGACGAGUUGAGAAAAGCAAGAGAAAUGAACCCAAAUUACGAUUUUAUGGUGGUUGGUCAUUCCUUGGGUGGCGGCGUCGGCGUUCUUUUAGCGCAAAUGCUCAGAGACGCGCAGCCGGAACAUUUUUCAGACGUGCGAGUGAUUGCGUUCGGGUGUCCGUCCAUGCUUUCGGAAGAUUUAGCCGCGAAUUGCGCCCCGUGGACGACAACGCUGAUCAAUCGAGGCGAUGUUGUGCCUUUGUUGUCCUAUUCGCGUGCGGAGGAUAUGCGCGAGCAGAUUGUGAAGACGAGCGUAGAACAAAAGGUAUUGCAACGGUUUUUGCAAACAGGCCGGCGAGUCGAAGGGGACGCGGAACUUGGCGGGCUAGGGAUCAUGGGCGAUGAAGCAGCUGGAACGUUAGCGGCGACGUUUACGGAUAAAGACGCAGCGAAAAGAGUUUUAGCGACCGCACCGAAAGUGUGCGGCGUGCCCAUACCGUGCGUCGGUCCUCGAUCGCCAGAGAAGAAGACUUUCGCUUCGCCGGACAACGAGUGGAACGAGGCGCCGCCGCCGCAAGACGUCGCGGUGCUUCCAUCUCCUAAGAUUUCUGCUGGUAGUAAUGGUGGUGUGGCUGCUCCACCGUUAGCGGCCACGAUUGCGUCUCAAAGUCGCAACUUAUUAGCAACCACAGCGUCGGCGGCGACAAAGUCUGCGCGAUCCGUCUCGUCGCGAUUGGCGAGUUUAUCAGUCGCCAUGUUACUUCGAUGCACCGCGCCGAGAAGUCAACACAAAAUAAAACCGAGCGUUGCUGCAUCUUCCUCGAAAGAGGAACAUAAAAAGCAACAAGAAUUAGAAAUAGGAACGAAAUCUUCCUCUCGUAUGGGAGGCGUCGCGGCGCACACGCAAUACGGCGUCGGAGAACUCGACGCCGCCGAGGAGGAACGCAUAUCGAGAGAAUCAAUCUCGGAGGAAAUGUUGGAUGCUUCAGAACCGGAAGCCACCGAGCGCGUGUUGCGUUUACAAAGCGACAGAGACAUCGCGAAAGCAUCAGAGGAGCUUCUAAACGCCAAAAUGAAAAUUUCGGGUGAAAACAUCUCUCCAGAACGUCUCGAAGAAAGCGAAAAGCUCGAGCCUAUGGACGAUAUCGAAGAUCCUUCCGAAACUGCCGCGGCAAUGGAAGUCGACGAUGCGGAAGGCACCAUCCUAGCCAUCGAGUCAGAACUGAAAAAACGCGGCGAAGGAGCGAAGAACAAAGAUGUUGGCAGCGGCGGCGGUACCAAGCGCAAGCGCACGUUACACGUCCCGCUCUUCCCGGCUGGCAAAAUCCUCCACAUGAUUGACCUCGCCGCGGCGAACCGAGCCGAAGGUCUCGCCAACGAACAGCCGCUUUUACGAGAAGCCAUUCCCAAAGACGCCCCACAACACUACGCCUUAUAUACCGACGUCAAACGAGAAGCGUACACCGCUUUAUGGUUGAACAAAAACAUGGUCUCCGACCACUUCAUUCCGAGAUACGAGAGCGCGUUGACCGACAUCUGCGACCAGUUACGGUUAGACGAAAGGAAAAGGUAA